AUGCCUGGUCCAUUUCAGCAUCCUACAUCCGACCCCAACAGCCCACUGUCACCUAAUGCGGGAGGAAACACUCCUGUAUCCUUUCGAACGAAUGUGAACCGAGCAAAGACGCGGCGAUGGGUCGAGGCGAAGAAGUACACAUAUGACGGCGACGAUUGGGGCGAAGAUGAGUACGGAGAGUAUGAAUACGACGACGAGCCUUCUUCUUCGCAGGAAAAGUCAACCGGUGCGAACCAAAGCACUCCAGAUCUCUCAGGCACAUUAUCGAAAGGCACUUCACAUCCUCCUCUGCCCAGCCAGGAUCGCUCGCGCUCAAUGGAGCGAGUCCAGACAAUGCCGACAGAAAGCCAUACUGCUUCUAACGACCCCUCAACCCCGAUCGUUCGUCCAGCCGACAUAUAUAGACGGAUGCGAGAGGAACAAAAGGCUCAACAGGCUGGCCCAGCUCAAUCGUCUUCGGGGGAGCGCACAUUAGGUUCGCCGCCUACCAGUAAUGCACCGACUGAGGUGUCGGGAAGUGCAAUUGCCCCCGUGAGCCUUGCUUCUGAGGAGCAAGCCAAAUAUCCCAGUGAAACAAUCGCCGCUUCCGCAAUUACAAAUGAGCCUCCGACUAUCUCAUUGCCUGAUGUAAAGCGCUUUUCCGCAUUCAGUCCCGACUUCUUUACUGCGUCCGAGUCACAUCCGCAGAGCCCAGCAACGGAAAUGCCGCAACUUCAACAUGCCCCAUCCCUCGGCUUCAGAUCGGCGGUCAAUCAGGCCUUUGAUGUCCCAGAGACGCCUAGUACCAUUGCCGACAGCGUAGCUCGCUCAAACAGUGAUAGCACGACUGCAAUCAGCCCCAUUAUCAACCGCCGUGGAACUGUGGAUGAUAAGACACCAACGAUUGAAGAAGAACCCAAUGAGAGUAUCAAUCAGCACUCAGACGUACCCACCGAUGGUAACGGUGUCUUUAAACCUGGACACCGUCGCGACCUGAGUCUUCCCAGUCCUGGUAAUAGUCCUUCUCGGAGGCCUAUAAUUACGGAGCCAAAUCCUACUGCGUCAUCAGAAUUAGCCCAGAUAUCUGCCGGGACACCUUCAGAAUCUCCUCGGGAUGCUCCGUCGCAGCAUCUCGUCCCUGCUUCUAUAACACCGUCGCAAGAAUCGUCUGGUCAAGAUCUGCCAGCUCCUCUCAAUGUCCAGACAAACGUUGCACCUGGUCCAACCGUAACAACUGACAAUGUUCCCGUAAUCAUCCCGUCAAUGAGCUCUGAGAACUCCCCGGAAGAUACGGAGAAUGACCGGUUGAGAAAGGAGAUUAUCCGUUCUUUGAGCCGCGAAAACACCCCUUCUGACCAGCUAGACCAUACCCCUCCGCAGACCAGGCAGGACAACCUUGUUCCUAAUGAAGGCUAUUGGAAUGAGCCACAGACUUCUGGUCCUUCUAUCUCAGACGUUUCUACUUUGAGACUCAAUCUCUCUCAGCAACCACUAGAGCCUACCUUCGCCGAGCCUCUCGCUCCGGUUCCUUCACAGAAAGAAAAGAAGCCUAAACUUCAAAGGCGCUUUUCCUGGGAAGAGUCUUCGGAAGACGAAGAUCCUACGCCUAUUCCACAAGAGCCGCCUGCUCGGCCGCCACCGAUUCCUGGACAGUACCCUUUGUCUGAAGAGAGUAUCCAUCCAGAUCCAGUUUUAGCACCCGCUCCCCAGCCGCCAGAGCAGCCGCCACAGCCAGUGGAGCAUGUAGGAGGCAGAGAUGAAUCGGUGCCUGAGAAGCCCAAGCUUACUGUCGUACCACCCUGGGUGGCAGACAGUGUUAGCAUUCCUUCGAACAGCUAUGUCCACGAGCCUGCUCAACCCCAACCCACUGAAACGUUCGCCCGCGCCGAGGAAGGGCAGUCAUAUAGCCCUGAUCAGCAUUCACUUGAGCCACCAACACAAAUACCCUCCGCGGCCGCGUCUAUCGAAUCAGGCUUGCUCGGGUUCAAGGACAUCCUCGGUUUCCAAUCACCAGAAGAGCGUGUGAAAGCUUUCGACCGGACUCGAGACCAGUUCGCAGUUAUCGAUACCGGCUUAAGCAAUUGGCUACAGGUCACACUCCAUGCUCAUCCCGAGCAUUCCGAUGUCGUUGAUCGCAACUCCAAACCGCUAUCUGAAGAAUUCAAGAACAGUGUGCCGCGCACAAAGUUCCCUAAAUUAUCGUCGUUGGGAAAUCUUGCGUCGUCACUUCAAGAUGGUUCGCACUCCUCGUCAGGUCAUAUCAGGCGGCCCUCGGCGCCUCUCGGCUCCAUAAAGCAACACCAGGUAGGGAAAGAUUUUCUGCACACUGCUGGAGUUUUGGGUGGCCAAGCCGGCAAGGCUGCCAAAGGUCUAUUCUCCAAGGGCCGAAGUAAAUUGAAGGGCAGCGGGGGGACCGAAAAGGUAGAGCCUUGA